AUGCAGGAGCAGGACGGCGACGGGGAGCCGGCGCACCACGCCCGGCGGCCCAUGAACGCGUUCCUCAUCUUCUGCAAGCGGCACAGGAGCGUCGUGCGCGACAAAUAUCCGAACCUCGAAAACAGAUCCAUAACCAAGAUCCUUGGCGAGUGGUGGGCCAACUUGGACAAAGAAGAGAAAGCUUGCUAUACUAGUCUUGCUAAACAGUACAAAGACGCCUUCUUCAGCGCGAAUCCCGACUUUCAAAUGGUACAAGCUGCCAGCGCCGCCGCUGCGCACGCUAGCGUCGCGGCCGCGGGAGUCGAGCGAGAAGGCCGCGGGGUCGACCUCAACAAGAGCACGGAGCACGCGUACGAAGCGGACGCGAAGCGCCUCUCGAUGUUCACCCCCGGGAAGCUGGCGGACGAAGCCCAGAUGGGCGGCCUCAGCAGCCUCCUCGAAGCCAAGACUGAAAACCGCACCCCCAACCCCUACUACUCACCGCCCUCGUACAAGUUCAACGCGAUCUCUACACCGAUGGAGGACAGAUCUCACAGCAUACUCGAGCGGGUGAGGAUCGAGGGCGCGCGGGACGACAGCAUCCGCGAGCUGCAGAACGCCCUCACGGAGACCAGCCGGAUAUUCGAGGAAGACUUCGACGACAAGGGCCGGAUAUACCGCUACGGCGUCCCCAAUGAUCAGUUCACGAACCAGGACGUGAUCGAUCAGAUUGUGGACAAGAGGUACUCGAGCGACGAUGGCUACCAGAGACACUGGUCCGACGACGAGAAGUCGAAGUCCGGCAGGUCGUGCAAGGGCAAGAGGUACCAGGAGUUCAUGGCGGUCGGGGGGCUGAUAGUGAACAAGCGCCAGCGGAGGGACUACCCAGACAAGGUCGACGAGGGCUACAGCGCGUCAUGCAGCUGGGAGCCGGGCAGCUCGCGCGACGACUCCUACCUGGACGAGCUGAAGCCCGGCUGCGUGAACGAGGUCACAAUAGAGAACGACGCGAAACACGACACGAGCGACGCGAACGAAGCGGAGGGCGGCGCCGGCAAGGCGUUCAAGGCGGCCGACUUCGACCUGGACGCCAAGAUACGCGCCCUGCCGUCGCUCAGCCUGGAGAAGUUCCAGCAGAGGAAGCGCGAGAACAAGCGCAAGAAGAAGACGAUAAACCUGAAGCCGAAGCCGCCCGAGGCGCAGAUCAUCAACUCGGUGCCGCGGCCCGCGUCGGACGAGAGGCGCGAGAUGGCGGAGCGGUGGCGCGACCACGUCAUCGGCAGCCAGAAGCGCAAGCCGCGCAAGAUCAGCAUCACCAGGCUCGAGAUCAACAGCAUGGUGUCGGCCAACGCGAGCCCCGAGAUCAAGUUCGCGAUGGAAGCGCCGCGCACGGUCCAGGGCAUGGAGGUCUGCCAUCGGCCCCACGGCAGCGUGGACCUGCUGGCCCUCGCCACCCUCGCCGAGGUGGCGGCCAACACGUCCAAGAUGGAGGACUCCCUCGGCCCCGACCUACCAGACGCCCGACGC